AUGGUGGUUUCCAGAACGCCCCCUGCCCUGGGUGGAGGCUGUCUCCGGAUCCUAACCCCCCUGCUGCUUCUGGCUUCUGCAGCCUCCGUCCGUGCUGCCAGCAUACCUGCGCCCCCCGCCUGUGGGAAGCCCCAGCGGCUGAACCGGAUCGUGGGCGGUGAGGACAGCACUGACGCCGAGUGGCCCUGGAUUGUGAGCAUCCAAAAGAAUGGGACCCACCACUGUGCAGGCUCCCUGCUCACCAGCCGCUGGGUGGUCACUGCCGCCCACUGCUUCAAGGGCAACCUGAACAGGCCGUCCCAGUUCUCUGUGCUGCUGGGGGCCUGGCAGCUGGGGAACCCUGGCCCCAGGUCCCAGCAGGUGGGUAUCGCCUGGGUGCAGUCCCAUCCCGUGUACUCCUGGAAAGAGGGCUCCCGUGCGGACAUCGCCCUGGUGCGCCUCCAGCACCCCAUCCACUUCUCUGAGCGCAUCUUGCCCAUCUGCCUGCCUGACUCCUCCGUCCAUCUCCCUCCGAACACCCACUGCUGGAUUGCAGGCUGGGGGAGUAUCCGUGAUGGAGCACCCCUGCCCCAUCCCCAGACCUUGCAGAAACUGGAGGUUCCCCUCAUCGACUCGGAAAUUUGCAGCCGCCUGUACUGGCGGGGAGCCGGGCAGGGAGCCAUCACCGAGGAUAUGCUGUGUGCUGGCUAUCUGGAGGGGCAGCGAGAUGCGUGUCUGGGUGACUCCGGAGGCCCCCUGAUGUGCCAGGUGGAGGGCACCUGGCUGCUGGUGGGCAUCAUCAGCUGGGGCGAGGGCUGUGCCGAGCGCAACCGGCCUGGAGUCUACAUCAGCCUGGCCUCCCACCGCUCCUGGGUGAUGAGGAUCGUGCAAGGGGUGCAGCUCAGCGGGCACUCCCAGGGGAGGGGGGCCGCAGGGGGCGGCCCGCGUUAGGGAUCUGGGGAGACGCCUGGCAGGUGCGCUCUCCGCGGCUGUAAUUAAGCCAUCUGCCUCCGGGGGGCGCCCGCGUGCCGGCACCGAGCGGCCUCCCAGCCCGCCCC